AUGAGCCUUGUCUUAAGUGGUUUAAAAGCGUCGCAUCUAUUUGAUUCAGCACAUCUAUUCAAAAUAUGUAGUGUUGCUUCUUGUUCAGUGUCUUUGCAAGCUUCUUCAUCCGUUUGUCAAUCUUCGCUUUCGCGUAGGGAUUACUGUUCUUCUCAGAAAAAUCUAUCGAACGUACCAUCAAAAGAAACGCUACUUCGAGUAGAUUGGCUGUUGGAACAUGUUACCCCUGGCAUCCUGAAAACGAGGUUGAAACCAUUUUUCGACAUUUGCCUCGAUGAUGUAUCGUUCGAGGAUAAGCUUUACAACUACAAAUUGUCUCGCAAAUCUCAGUUACUCACUCACAUCGCUAAAAUACGACUCUAUUAUCGAUAUCGAUCGCCCUUUAACAAAGUUGAGAGGAUUGGUUCUUGCAUUUAUGAAAACGAAGAUGUGAUUGUUUUGUUGUGGCGGUUGAGUACAUUGGAAUCUAACUUUUGGACAUAUUUCCCCUCGUUUAUAACCAAAAAAGAGCCUAAGGUAAUCACAGCAGAAGGAGCUCUAGAUAUUCAUGUAAAUAAUGAAGGCUUUAUCUAUAAAAUAGUGAAUAGAAAAAUAACCGCUUCUGAUCGCGAAGGGGCUAAAGUAAUGGAAGCGAUCAAGGCAGAGCAGGAGGCAAUCCGGAUCAAAGCUGAAGAGAAGGAGUUGCGUCGGGCGGCGGAACAUCGAAUGCUGCGGCGUUUCGCGCCUUGUACUCUGCGAGCCGCAGCAGGAUGUUCGUACUAUCGUGCGUUUUCGACCGACAUCGACCAUUCUCAGGAGAAGCCAGCACCUUUCCAACUAGAGCAUGUUCAAGCUCGAGUGGCUGAAACUGUUCCGCUCAUGUUCAAGCAGAGGCUCGAUUAUACAUUCUAUCGAAAAGAUGUUUUUUGUGAUGAUCAGAUAUUUGGACUCAAGAAAUAUGGUCUGGAACAACUGAUGCAACACUUUGGGACCAUAAGUGUUUUGGCUCAGGUAACGCUGCCACAUGUACACAUGGAGACAGUAAGCGUCGUACCCGUGAUCGGAGAUGGAACUGUUCGAUGUCGAUGGCGUGUAAAAUAUGUGUCAUUUCCGAGACUUUUAAUGAAUCCGCGUCUAUUGCGAUUCGAGUAUCGCAUGAAGAAUCUUAGCUGGUUCGAUGGCUAUUCUGUUCUAACUGUCGACGGUAAUGGUUUGGUUUUCAGGAUCACUUUACAAAAGACGCAACGAGACGAUGGAAAGCUGCUUGACGAGAAAAGCGCUAAGGAUAAGUUGGCAGAAAAAAUAGCUGUGUUUCGGCCGGGACCGGCAACAACGAAUUUUGUACCUUAUCAACGGCAUCUAGAUGAUUCAGGCGAGAAAUGA